AUGUUUAGCUGUAGGUGGGUUGUUGCAAAAGCUAAAAGACUGUCAAAUCCGGAUGAAUCAGAUGGAAAAAUAAAUUUAGGUUUAUUCGAAGGUGAAAAAAAAUUAAAUGUCAAAUAUGGUUGGAGAGAAUAUAUGGUUCAUGUGACACAAUUGGCUCACACAGAAAGAGAAUUUCUUUUGUAUGGAGCUUGGAUAGCAACAAUCGCAUGCCUGGUCAUCGGUUUGCUCUUUUCCACACUUUGUGCUAUUUUUGCCGUUUUGAAUACGGCAACCAAUCAAUAUUUAGCUUUAUUGGGUGUACCUGGACUGUACGUUUGGAAUUUACUCGCCGCAUCUUUUCACAGUUUUGCCGUCAUAUUGUGGGUAGUUCAAUUUGUACAAAAAUUACAAUUUAACGUUAUGUCAAGAGAAGAUAUAAACAAUAGAUGGACAUCACAAGAUAUGGCUUAUUUAGGAUAUUCAUUUUGGUUCGUCGUGGGUGCGAUAUUCGUUCAUUUAGCCAACGUUUUAUCCGUGUGUAUUGGAACAAGAGAUUCGAAACAAAAUAAAAAUUCAAUGCCAAUGGUAGAAGAGAAAACGGGAGGAGCCAUUAUGUUAUAUUAA